GCGCUGAGAGCAGGGGGAGACAGAGAGGAAGAAGAGUGAAGCCGGGAUAGAGACACCAGCAGGUGCAGAGGGUAGAAACAAGCAGGGUGCCAAAGAAAAAGCUAGGAAAUCAGGGAAAAGUGAGUUAAAAGUAAAACAAAUAGUCAGACAGAAACCAUACCAUCAUCUUAGUUUUUAUAAGCUGGAGCCCACUUAUUUUCAGACAGCCUUCUGAGCUAUUUACCCUCAUUUACUUGACGGAUUCUCCUUCCUCCUCUUCUUCAUCCAGUCAUCCUCUGUGACAGUCAGAGCCACCAUGAAUACCGGGAGCCCCAGGAAGAUACAGUUCACCGUUCCCCUUCUGGACACACACCUGGACCCAGAGGCAGCAGAACAGAUCAGAAGACGCAGACCCACACCUGCCACUUUAGUGGCAUCCAGUGAUCAAUCAUCACCUGAAAUCGAUGAAGAUCGUCUCCCAAACCAGUUGUACAAGGCAGCCUUGUUGAACUCCCCUCGACAACGGAGAAAAGGGCAAAAGGGAAACCCUACCAUGAAAGAGCUUCAGUUUAUGGUGGAGCACCACCUGUACAGGCAGCAGCAGGGGGGGGGGGACGAGUGCUCCUCAGAGAGCUACCUGUCGGAUCGUCCCAGCCCCGACUCAUUCCCCCCCGGGGAGGAGCUCCCACAUGACGAUGAGGCCACUGCAGAGGCCACUGCAGAGGCCUUUGAGAAACUGCGCUGCCAAAUGGAAGAGUUCUCGAGGGAAAGUCUCUCAGAAGCUGCUGGGGGGCUCGAGUGCCCUCUCUCCAAGGAGAAGGAGGAUUGUUGUUCCAGCCUUGCCAACGUAGCAGAUCCCUCAUCACAACACAUCAACGUGCAAGCAGACACAAAAGCAGCAGCACCCAGUGCGAGUCAGCCAGCAGAGGAGAAGACAAAGAAAUGCAGCCUGGAGAAAAAGAAAUAGAGCGGUCUUCUGCACAACACAAAGCUGCUCAGCCAGCCGACACAAUGAGAUUGUGUCUGCAGAUCCACUCUCUAGAUACAUCAGGGCAUCCAUGUUCCUCUACAAGUUAGGCCUUAGUAACCACACCAAGAACAACAACAAAGGUUUCGAAAAUUAUUUUGUGUGACGUAUUUAAUUAAAAUCUAUUUGUUUUAGCUUCCCCUUCACUGAACUAAAACUAGCUUAUUGUAUCUAGUUAAUUAGAAAGAGAGACUUUUGCAAUCUCAGUCCAACAUUCAAUUUAAUUAACUUCUACACUCACAUGCAUUAUGUCCCCUUUAAUGUUCAAAUGCAACACCUUUUCUGUUUGCAAUAAUUUUUAGACCGUUUUUCAUCAUUAUAUGUGCCAUGACUCCAGCAAUUAUUGUUACAUUCAAAGCAAUACAAAUGUAUUUGAACCUCAUAAAUAACUGGGACCGAAACCAAAACAUUGAACAUUCAACUGAAGUGAUUUAGUGAGGUAGAUGCUGAAUCUCCAGUGAGUGGGUAUAGGCAACAUCUAGGUUGGUUGACAGUUUAAUGAAAACAUAUUUACACAUGUGUUCACAAUACUGUAUUGGACAUCUACAAAUACAUUCUUUAAGGAACACUGGAAUAAAAUUGCAUGUUAUUUUUUCUGCUACAGCAUGUAGAGCUGCAAAGAUUGGUCAAUGCACUGAUUGACAGAAAAUGUAUGGGUAACUAUUUUGAUAAAAGGGUAUUGAUUGACUUUUUAAAAGAAUAAAUGCAGACUGCUGGUCCAACAAUAUAACUCAAUUUGAACUAUAGGGAAUUUUGAGAGGCAUUUUUCACUAUUUUCUGACAAUUCAUAGAUAAAGCCAUUCAUCAUGAGAAUGAUCAUCAGAAACAUUGAGCCUUGUAACCCUAACAGCAUUGCACAUCUGCUUAGUUUCCUGUGCUUAAUUAAAAGAAAACAGAAACCUGAAUGGAGAACUUGAUACUUUUGUAUAAGUGUGUUGGAACCUGGUUGGAACACGGUUCAUUCAACCAUCCAUUCAAGAUGGGGACCUUGUUUCAAUACAGCCGAUCAAAUCUCUUCAUUUUAAUCCGUAUUUGCAUAAAGCAUUAUCAACAUAACCAUAACGCACCCUGCAACACAAAACAACCACCAAAACCUUGAACUACAUACAGUUUCCUGGAAAACUCCCCUGAACAUACAAACGUAAAUGCAUGUCUGACCCUAAACCAGCAGCUUGUUGAAUGAGCGACCAAACAAACAUUCACAGUUGAAAAGAGCACUGCCAUCGCUAGUUUGGAGGUUAGCAUGCUAAUAAGCCGCUCAGUUGCAGCACAUUAUACAGCAUGUCAACUUACUUUCCUGCGAGAGUCUGUCAGAUGCUGGUGUUGUCCUUGCAAUGAAGCCUGGACGUUAAUCUAUCCAUGGUUAUUUUCCAGCACUGCUGCCUACAAGUCUGCCCAUCACAUGUAGGCUACCAUUUGUUUACUUGGUGAGGUCACCUGCUACUGCUGACAAUCACAAACACACACCCCCAUCUAAUUACAUUACAUUACAUGUCACUUGUUAGAUUGCAAUUUGGGGUGAAGUGUCUUGCCCAGGGGCACAACGACAUGCUGACUGCAGUGGGGUUUGAACCUGUGACCCUCUGAUCCGAAUACCAACGCUCAACCCACUGCACCACACGCCAUCUAAUGAGAGGUAAAGGACUUUAUCUUAUAUUUCCCCCAAAGACCUUUGAAAAAAAUUAACUAUUUACUACACGACUAAAAAACUGAACUUGUUAACAUUAUUUCUGACUGCAAACAGGAAUAAAUACAAGUGAUUCCCGUCAGACUUCCAAGGAGGACAUAUUAAUCUAUGCUAAUAUCCAAUUAACAAAAUAUCUGGUUAAAGUAGCUAUCACACUCCUAAUACAAGACUUUUACCAGCAACUGUGUAGUGGUAAACUUCUAAUAGCUUUGGACAGAGGGUUGAGUCUAGUCGAGGUUUUAUUUUAACUUAGCAUUAUCAGUGAGCAAAUUGUAUCAUCAUAUUUGACACUUUUUGGAGAAAUGAGAACCUGGUCACAAAACACUUUCCUGCAUGGCACUGAACGUAGAGUGACUUUAUUUUUAUUAUAUUUAAUUUUUUUAUUGUACUAUUGUUUUGAACAGGUCAUUUCAACAAAUUGUAAUUACCAGCAUUCCCUUUUCAUUCUAGUUUUUUAUGAAACAAGAAAAUUAUAAAGUCAUCACCAAACUCUUACAUCCUACAUGUAUUUCAUCAGUUAUUUGUUAGCACAUAGUGACAUUAUUAUGUAGAAUUUGUGACAAUCCUUCCAUGACAUGGAACAUAGAAAGAAAGAAAAACUGUUAACAAACAGUAAGCUAAUGCCACCCUAGUAUUGAUCACAACAAGCCAAUGAUCACAAUGACAAAAUGAUUUAAAAAGAUGGUAAAAACAUUCCUGUGCAAGUUAUUUUCUUCUUCUGCAGUGUAUUUAUGUAAUGAUUUUUUCUGUUUUUGAAUGGUAAUAAUGUAAUAUGUAAUUGUUCCAAUUUUACUUGAAAUGAUUGAUGAUUACAUAUGUAAUCUACAUUUGUUUGAUACAAUAAAAUGUUUAAAUUGGUGA